UCUCUACCUAACCCCUGUCCAAUCAGGCCCCGCACAUGGGAGGCGAGGCCGGAUCGACUGGUGUGCGGUGCACACAGGGUGGGAUGUGAUGUGUGCGCGUGUUUGUGGCCUCGCCCAGAGCUCACCAGGCUGCCAGGCGGGAGCGGAGGUUGCGGUGAAUUCCAUCCAUGUAUCAGAGCUUACCUACCUAUCCAGGUAUAUACGGAUUGUCCGGCGCGGGUGCUCGAGCAACGGGUCGUCUGCCUCUCCCACCAGAAGACCAGAGGUGGGGUUGGUCCGUAAUUCGUCUGAACUUUGCUGAAAAUAUUCACGGCCUGGAAGGAAAUACCUCACUCCCACCACAAAUUCAAUCCGCCCUUCUCUCCGUAUUCCUCGUCUCCCCCCGUCUCUACUUUACCUAUAUAUCUCUUGUCACAGGCCCCCCUUCCCUGUCUCACCGUCUCGCCGUCUCACCCUCUUCCGUCUUGCCCCUUCUUCCCUAAUAAACCACCUGUCCUAUCCUCUUCGUAUCCCCGUCCCCGGCCUGCCCCCCUUCGCAGGUAUCCCAUAUACGCGUCUCUCGUCAGCUUCGAUAGCACUGCUUCCGAGUGCCAUGUCGCCGUCGUCUCUCGAUCACCUCGCCUUGGGCAGUCGUGUGGAGUGGCUUGCGAGCCUCAACACCGCUGCCACGCCCAAGAACUCGCAUCGCCGGACCUCCAUCAUCUGUACCAUCGGGCCCAAGACGAACUCGGUCGAGAAGAUCAAUUCUCUACGACAAGCUGGUCUGAAUAUUGUUCGCAUGAACUUCAGUCAUGGGAGCUACGAAUAUCACCAAUCUGUCAUCGAUAACACCCGCGCCGCCGAAAAAGCACUUGAUGGACGGCAGGUCGCAAUCGCCCUCGACACCAAGGGCCCUGAAAUUCGAACCGGUGACACGGAAAACGGCCAGGACAUUCCCAUCAAGGCUGGCCACGUCCUAGAUAUCACCACGGACGAAACAUUCAAGACUGCCUGCAAUGGAGAGCAUAUGUACGUCGACUAUGUGAACAUCACCCGGGUGAUCGAACCCGGUAGGGUCAUAUAUGUCGAUGACGGUGUCCUUGCCUUUGACGUUCUUAGCAUCAAGGACGACAAGACGGUUCAAGUUCGAUGCCGCAACAAUGGAUUCAUCUCUUCUCGCAAGGGUGUUAACCUCCCAGACACCGACGUUGACCUCCCAGCCCUGUCGGAGAAGGACAAGAAGGAUCUGCGAUUUGGAGUACAGAACAACGUCGACAUGGUCUUUGCGAGCUUCAUCCGCAGGGGUGAUGACAUUCGGGCGAUUCGCGACGUUCUGGGACCCGAAGGUAAACAUAUCCAGAUCAUUGCAAAGAUCGAGAAUAGGCAGGGGUUGAACAAUUUCGAUGAGAUUCUCGAGCAGGCUGACGGAAUCAUGGUUGCUCGAGGCGAUCUGGGCAUCGAGAUCCCGGCCUAUGAGGUGUUCGGCGCCCAGAAGAAGCUGAUUGCGAAGUGUAACAUCGCCGGCAAACCGGUGAUUUGCGCCACCCAGAUGCUGGAGAGUAUGAUUACCAACCCCCGGCCGACCAGAGCUGAGAUUAGCGAUGUUGGCAACGCCGUCACCGACGGAGCCGACUGCGUCAUGCUUAGCGGCGAGACCGCCAAGGGAGCAUACCCGGAGCUGGCGGUCCGUGAGAUGAGUAACACUUGUCUGGCUGCGGAGAAUUCGAUCCCCUACGUCAGCCACUACGAGGAAAUGGUCUCCCUCACGAAACGACCCACAAGCGUCGUUGAAGCCUGUGCUAUGGCGGCUGUGCGGGCAUCGCUAGACUUGAACGCUGGGGCCAUUAUCGUUCUGUCGACGUCUGGGGACUCGGCUCGUCUCCUUGCGAAGUACCGACCGGUGUGUCCCAUCUUCAUGGUAACUCGAAACCCGUCAGCCUCGCGCUACGCCCACCUUCACCGUGGCGUUUACCCCUUCCUGUUUGACGAAGCGAAACCGGACUAUGAUCAGGUCAACUGGCAGGAGGACGUGGAUCGCCGCAUCAAGUGGGCAGUGGAGAAGGCGUUGGGAUUAGGCCUGCUCAGCAAGUCUGAUACCAUUGUCGUUGUCCAGGGCUGGCGGGGUGGCAUGGGAAACACAAAUACGCAGCGGAUCGUAAAGGCUGACCCUGAACACCUGGGUCUGGGGAUGAUGCACUGA